ACCUUUCGGUGGGAAUCCUCUUUUCAAAAAAAGCUGCCAACGUCCUCAUGAGUGAGACAGAGCGCAGGGCCACUUUCUGCCUUCCGCCACGACCCCCGAGACGAAGAAAGAGGAGCGCGUCAACGAGCGGGACACGGCUCCACUCUCGUUGAGGACAUUUGAAGACAAACGUUAAUUCAAGCCGACAACCACAACAACAAAAAAAUCCCAGCAACGAGUCGCGCAGGUGGAGGACCGCACGCGCACCGACCGCACCGCAGACUCACCGCAGAGACCUUCCGGUUGCACCUGAGCGCGCGGAAGAAAGACGGAAGAUGUCCGCGGAGACCUACUCUGCGCUGGACGAGUCCUCUCUGCGAGACCUGCUGGAAGGAACCGUGGAUCUGGACAAGAGGCGCCUCAUCCGCUCGGCCAUCCGGGAGUUGAGGACGAGAGAGAUCGAGGACAUGGAGGCCGCUCUGGCCAGCAAGCGAUUUCGUCCCACGCGCCUCAAACAGCAGGAGGACAAGGAGAACCAGCACAGGUCUGAAUGCAACGACAACUUGGACGUCCUGUCACGAGAUCUGCGAUCAAUCCAGGACGUUGACGAGCUCACGAAAAUGCUCCGUGCCGCCAGUGAGUACGAGGAGAGGAAGUUGAUCAGAGCGGCCAUCCGACAAGUCCGAGAUGAACAGCAAGGGACUGCGGAGCGGACUAAAGCUCCGAGUGUGGAGCCCCGGAGCGGCAUGGCAACGGAGGAGACAGGAGAGAUUCGAGAGUCACAAGGCCAGCAGACGCAACAAGGCAGAGAGCCGCAGAGAGCAGGCUCCGGCUCAGGCAUGGUGUUGGACAAUGGCCCUGAACCUCUGCUGAUCCAGCCUCAGAGAGAGGCGGCGACCACAGAGCCCGACGUGAGCCGCUCCCAUCGCCAACGCUCAGACUCCUGGGCUUCGGACCGCAGCGGGACCUCCGUGUCCAAUCUGGAUCCCGUGGCCUCGGAGAAGAGUCUCUGCUCAGCCUACAGACCUCGGCUGGACUCGGGCGCUUCAGACAGGAGCCACAGUCCCAUCCAGCGCGGUCGCCUGGAUUCCGGGGCAUCUGAAGGAAGCCUCAGACAGAGACUGGGCUCGGAUGUCUCCGACUCUGGGGUGUCUGACCGCUGUGCGAGUGCGUCCUCUGAGGAAAGGGCUCCAGUUGAGGAGGUGGAGGCCGCCACAACCGGUUUGACCCACGGCGCGGAUUCGGAAAUCGAGGCCGGAAGACAGCGUCCAGCCAGCCCCAGUGCCCGGUCCAACCAGGACCAGCCUGAUGGGGCCGCUUUGUCCAGGAGAAAUGCUACAAAUGGCCCGCUGAACGGCAGCGCCAAGGGGAAAAACAACGUCCAGACUCAGAAGAUGACAAACAGCGAGCUGCUCACCGGUCAUGGCAAAGCAACAGAUUUUGCACUCGAGAAGAAAGAUGUUGUGGAACAUGUCAACCGCACCAACUCUGUACGCGAUAGAAUGCGCAAGUUUGCAGAGGCCAGCCAAAGCCCAAAUGUCCCGCCUUUGAAGAAAGCCCCUCUGAGGAACGGGACCACCUCCGGCAGCAGAGCCACCGAGCUGUUUACACAUACAGCAUCAUCCCUCCGCACAUCUGGAGACCGGCCAGCAGCGCCACGUGUGGACUCCGCAUCUCAAGACUCCGCCGCAUCCCAGGAUCGGGCCGUAUCCCAGCCAAGGGGCGUGGCUAACAAACCUCCGUCUUCAGCCAGCCAAUGGCAGGACUCCAUGGGUGGGACGAGGCAUCCAGCUGAAGAAGAUGUGCAUGCCUCCAGCAGCUCAAAGGAAGACGGGACCCAAGGGAGAGCAGCUGGACAGCAGGUCACCCAGGGAGAGGCAGACCCGGACAUGAAGACCUUCCUCACCAUCGAGAUCAAGGAUGGGCGCGCCACCCCCUCCUCUACGUCGCCCUCUAGGAGCAACAUCGUGCCCAUCACCAACAUGACCCCACGCAUCACCACAAAUGCUCUGGGGCAGAGAGCAGAGUUGACCCUUGGCCUCAGAGCUACACCAUUCAAGAUCUCCUCAUCCAGCCUCUCCUCUGGAUCCUCCAUCAAGAUGGAGAGGGAGCACGUUGUGGCCCCUGAGCCGGUGUUUUCAGCGGGGCCGUCCGCGCAGCUGGCAUCUCACAUCCCGGCCGUCCCCAACGGCUCCGGCGCUCCGGCCAAACCAAGCGAGCGCUGCGGAAAGCUGACUGCCGAACAGCUGGCCGCCAUUGAGGACGAAGAGCUCCUUGACAAAAUGCUUGACGAGUCAAAAGACUUUGAGGAGAGGAAGAUGAUCCGUGCGGCCAUGAGAGACCUUCGAAAGAGAAAGAGAGAGGCGAUGCUGGGAUGCACUCAAGAGGAAAUAGACCAGAGAGAGAAGGAGCGCGAGACUCGUCUGCAGGAGCUCCGGCAGCAGAAAGAAGAGCGAGCACAGAAAGGCCGCGCUGGGGUCGGAGCAGGAGAGGUGGUGAUGCGGAAGGUGGAGAAGUCGGCGGAUGGCUCCAGCCUCAGCCAAGUCACCAAGACAGACCGCUUCGCUUCAUCUGAUGAUGGGAGCAAAUCAACACGCAGCACUGUCUUCGAGGCCAGUUAUGUGAAGAAAACUGACAGAGGGACCGUUCAAUCCAAAUCAUACAGCUUUAGCUCUUCCACAUCGUCAUCUUCCACAUCGUCCUCCUCCAACACAAGCAGGAAAGUGGGCAGCGUCUUUGACCGCGAGGAUGACACGUCGUCGCGCAGCGGCAGCGGCGGGUUGGCCGCGGUGGAGCGAAAGCAGGCAGAGAGGCGCAAGGAGCUGAUGAGGGCUCAGACGCUGCCGAAGACCUCGGCGAUGCAGGCCCGCAAAGCCAUGAUAGAGAAGCUGGAGAAGGAGGGAGGCGGCCCUGGGAAUCAGGCGGUUGCCAAGGUAAACAAGGUCCAGCGCUCCACCAGCUUCGGCGUACCCAACGCAAACUCCAUCAAGCAGAUGCUGCUCGACUGGUGCCGCGCCAAGACCCGCUCGUAUGAGCACGUAGAUAUUCAGAACUUUUCAUCCAGCUGGAGCAACGGCAUGGCAUUUUGUGCCCUGGUGCACAAUUUUUUCCCCGAAUCCUUCGACUACGACUCCCUGAGCCCCAGCAACCGCAGGCAGAACUUUGAGGUGGCCUUCAGCACUGCAGAGACCUGCGCCAACUGCAUGCCUCUGCUGGAAGUGGAGGACAUGAUGAUCAUGGGUAACAAACCCGACUCCAAAUGCGUCUUCACCUACGUGCAGUCUCUGGUCAACCACCUGCGCAGAUAUGAGAUGUCCAUGGGUCGUCCCUGUGACCUUUUGACCUGUGCUCAGUGAGUGAGCCUCGAUGUGGCGUCACCCCCCCCCCCUCGCUUCACAGGCCCUGACCCCCCUCAGCUCCAUCUUUACCUGAUGGCUGCCUCCGCUCUGACAGGCUGCGUCACAAAGCUGCUCAUCUCCGAUGGACUAGAUGGGUGUGUGCGCGUGUGUGUGUGUCAUUUUGCUUAUUCUCUUGGUUGGCGGGGUUGAUGUGUAUUAUUUCAUUAACAAUAAGUCCACUUCUCUGCAGCACAAGAGCACCAAAGUUUUUAUAAGACCACCUUUUUAAAAUUCAAAAUUUUACAUUAUUGAUUUGUAUUUAGCUUUGUACAAGGUCAUAUUUAACAUGCAGUAGCUAAAGGUGUAAAAAAAAAAAAAAAAUACGAGAAAGGAAAAUAAAAUAAAUUUGUAGCAUUUCUCCUUUUAACUUUAUUUGUACCUUUUUUAUUUUCCCGUCUACACUUCUGUCGGUAAAUCCACAGAAAGCAUAAACCAAACCAAAUGGUGCAGUAUUUUUGUUUUGGUACUUUGGAACUUUUACCAAAUUUGGGCUGCUUGAAAUAUUUGAAUUAAGUUAUUACUAUUCUCAUGUUGAUGUAAACAAUGUUCAUAUCACUAUUUAAUACACGAUCAAAGAGCUGUUCUUUUGUCAAUUGUUUGGAUUAUGUUCUGAACUCUACAGUGCUACUGACAUGUUUCAACUGUUUUUGAAUAUUGUAUCACUUUGUCAAAAUGCUUGCAGUCAAACAUAUGCUCCAUUCACGCAAAAAGCAAACGAGAGGAGUGUGUAGUAGUCUGAGACCUUACAGCUGACGUGACCAUGACUUGAGCCUUGACAGAGAGCAGAUUUGCAGAAGAAACAUCAUCCAGCAGCAUCACCGACCUGCAAACUCACACACGGCUCUCUUGUAGAGACCUUUUAUUUAUGCGAGUAGAGUUUUUUUUUAAAUGCAUUCUGUUAGUGUGUAUAUUAUGCGUUUUAAAAGUUUUGUUUAAAGUGUGUCAAUAAGCUCAAGAUAUCACCUCGUUUUGUGAAACUAAUUAUGGUCACUUUUUAGACAUUAAGGGGCCUGAUGAAAGUCUGCUUUCUGUUUGUACGUGAGCAAUCAUGACCGGACAGAACUGCAAAUUGUAUAUUUUACAACAUAAAGCUAAUGAAAAUUUUUGAACAAAGAUUUCUAUUCCGCUUAAGUAGAUUAAGAGAAUUCAAUUAUUCCAAUGCUGCCAACUAAAAGAAACCAAUACCUUCCACAAGGCAGUGAAAGCUGUAAAUUGGAGCUUGAACACGUUAUAACUUCAUGUUUCUGUGCACCACAGUUAAAUGUGAAUUGAAAUUAAACCAAAUUGAGAAUGAA